AUGAAGUCAUCGCCGGGCGCCGUUUGGUGGAUCAAAAAUCCAAAUCAAACAUUGAAAUGGGCUGAAAAAAAGCGAAAGCAAUCAGUUGGUGCCACAUUCAGUCAUGAUAUGGUGAAUCUAUUUCGCAACAUAUCGAUGCAUGGUUAUGGCAAGUUGGUGGAUAGUGCUUUAAAUAUAUGGGAGAAAUUAGUUUGGUUAACUGUGCAUGUGACAACGAUGUGCGCUCUGUUAACGGUCUUGUCAUUGAUUUGGGAGCAAUUUGUGGCUCAGUACAUUGUCAUCAACCUCUACAAUCCAUUGUAUCCUAUCGAGAUGGUGCCAUUUCCAUCCAUCUCCAUCUGUUCGAACAAUAGAAUAUCAUAUCAGGCGGCAAUGGCACACGCAAAGGAGCUGAGCGCAAAGGAUCCUAGUCAGCGAAGCGUCGAUUAUUUUUUGGAACGUUUGAAGUUUUUCAUCAAUUUAUAUCAGAAAAACGAUCAAGAAGUUUAUGGUGAGGUGUAUUCCAAUUUUCAAGCCUUUUUGGAUGUCUUCGACACUUAUGACAAUGAGACCUUCUACAAUACAAGAAGAGUUGCAGAAAUGCUCUCGCCGCCUUGUGAAAACCUCAUACGCACUUGUAAGCUGGCAGGCAUUGAAAUCGACUGCUUCGGCGAGAAAGCGUUUCAGAAAAGAUCAACUUCAUAUGGAUUCUGUUGCACUUUUAAUACGGGAAAUUUCUACCAAGAACGUCAUUUUCGCGAUCGUUUCGUUAGUUCAGAUUUGGGCUUGACAGUUGUUUUGAAUACCAGCCAUAAAGAUGACUUUAUGGCAAUAUUACCAAUCGAUGGUUAUCUUGUAAUUAUACAUGAUUCUAAUAUAUUCCCGGAUACAACAUCUGGUGAAUCCCACGAAUUAUUUCUAACGUAUGGCGAAGAGUCCUUUAUUGCAUUGAGAGCCCUUCUGGUAUUUACGGAUCCAAAUCUUCGUUCGAUCAGUGCACAAACCCGUGCUGUUCCUAUCACUAAUUAUAGUUUUUCGAAUUGCAUCACAAGCUGCCGAACAUUCAACACAAUGGCACUGUGCGGUUGUGUACCAUUUUAUGUGGAGGCGGACUUGUGGCCACAAAGUGAUGGUGUCAUUUAUUGUACACUUCAGCAUGUGUCCUGUUUGUUGAGCUACAAAUUUAAAAUGGAUAAUAUUAUGACUCAACGCGAGUCCAUUGAUGGUCUAGAACGGGAUUACGCAGAGGCUUUGUACUGUCCCCAUUGCCUACCAGCCUGUAAUGAUAUACAAUACGAAAUGUCACUGAUGGCAUUACCAAUAGAUCGUUUCAUAGCAAGCCGCACGGAAGAUGAAUUAAAGGAAAUUGCUCUGGAUUCUGAAGAUAUGUCGGUCUUACGCGUGCAUUUUGAUGAGCCGUAUGCAAAGUAUUACAGGCGAGUGGUUGGAAACACCUGGUAUGAGGCACUGU